AUGUUAAUGUCAUUUUCCAUCGUAGCGAUUGUUCUUAGCUAUCUAGUCUAUUUGAUGCUUUUAUUGUUUAAUAGCAAAAUUGAUCCAAAGUUUAGAUCUCAAAUAUUCAUAACAGAUGAAACAACAGAGGUUUCUCUUUAAGAUGAUCUAUUAGCGUUUCACUUUUAGUAUACAAAGUAAAUAACUUUAGAUGCAUACUAAAAACAAAUGAAUAAAACUUAUCUAGUUCCAGUAGCUUACUUUUUUUACUAUGGCGAGAAUACAACAACUAUUUAACUUAAUAUCACUAAGUGCUCUAAUAGCGAUCUUUAAGACUAUAGCUGUAUAGAUUAUUCAAAUGUUUUAAAUUAUACAUUAAUGUAAAAUGGAAAAUAAAAUGUUUAAACUAAAAUUUAUUUGCUAAUCUUUGCUUGUCCUACUAUUAACGACUUCAAAACGACUGUACCAGAUAAUUGUGCCAGCUAAGAUGAAAUAAAUGAUUUUGUGAAUAGCGAAUAAGCAGGUUUAAAUCUGAAGCUAUACACUUCUCAGUACAAUACUACUUCGUAGUAAAAUUAAGUAAAUUAUUUCACUAAGCUACUUUAUUCAUAUUCAGGCUAAUUAGUUUUGAGUACAGUCUAUGCUUAAUAGUAAGUUACUUAAAUAAGUUAAGGGCUUAUCAUUUAAUAAUAAUCUCAAUAUUCUAGCCCAAUAAACUACAAUUUGUAAAAUAAUAUUUCUAUUUAAUAAGAAAAUGAUGCUUUAGUAGAGGUUGAGUUAUAAAUGGAUUAAGUUGUUUAGUAAAUCUCAAUUUAAUUCUCAACAAUUCCUGAAAUUUUAGCUUAAGUGAAUUCAGUAUAUGCUUUACUUCUAACUUUUGGUUUCAUCUUUAGAUCUUUUUCCCAGAAAGAGAUACUUAAAGAGUUUUUCUUUGUAUUUUUAUCUAAUAUGUACUAAGACACAUAUUAAAAAUUACUUCAAUCAAGUAAAUUAAUUGAAGAAAAACCUUAAAGUUAAUUAAUUAGACAAAAUACAGAAGAACUCACUGAUGAAUAAGAAAAAUUUGAAAAAGAGAGAUCUCAAAAUUUAUUUGUACCUUCAUUUUUGUCUAAGUUUAAAAUUCAUAUAGAAAAGAGUCAAUCAAAUGAUUUUGUAGUUACUAACGAAAAAGACUAAAUACAAAUCACAGAAAAUAGUAAAAAUAAUGAUUAAUUUUUUACCACAGAUCGUGAACAAUCAAACCAAUAAUCUAACUCAAUUUUUAGCAAGUAAACGAAUCUAAUGUAAAGGAUUUCUCUUGGAGAGCAGAAAGAUAAUUAAUCCAGACAAACUUAACUUUCUAAGUUUAAAAAUUCAUAGUUAGAAAAUUGUAAUGAAAUUAGCAAUUUAAGUAAUAAUAUAAUAAAUUAAAAUCUAAAUAUCAAAGUCAGUUCUGAUAAAAACUAUGAACAUUUAGUUUAAAAAUUAAGAAAUAUUUAAGAUGCAAAAAUCUUUGAAAAAGCUAAAAAGUUUAUUUUCUCGAAAAGACCUUAAUUUAAAUGUCCAAAAUUUUCAGAUUUGUGGAACAAAAAGAAAAAAGAGAAAGUUGAAACAUUUGAAUUUUAGUCUCAUAAAAAUAAAAUAGAGCAAUAAAUUUAUAAAUAACUUAGUAUUUUAGAUUUAUAUAAAGACUUCCUAUUUAUUAAGAAGUCUAUUAUGAUGCUUCUAAGCAAAGAAUAGUUAGCUGUCAUGCAUCUAGUAGGAUAUUCUUCUGAAUAUUAAACAGAUUAAAAAUUAAGUAUUUCAAAUAACAAAAGUUACUUGGAACAGCAGUAAGAUAUCCUGAAUUCAUAAGAUUUAUAAUCCAAAUAUGUUCAGUCAUUUUUUUAGAAAUUCUAAAAAAAAAUAGAUAUUGAUGAGUCAUCUGAAAUUGAUAAAAGAAUCAUUUCUUCAACUAUUAAAAAACAAUGA